AGGAGGGAGAGAGAGAGAGAGAGGAAGGGAGAGAGGGGGGAAGAGAGGGAGGAGAGAGAGAGGGAGAGAGGCAGGGAGAGAGAGGAGAGAGAGAGGAGGGAGAGACAGGAGAGAGAGAGGCAGGGAGAGAGAGAGAGAGGCAGGGAGAGA